GCUGUCUUCACGCGAGACUCUAAUUUCUAUCAGCCAACCAAUCUAAACCUUUCGUCCUCUUUAAAUACUCCCUGACACUUUCAAAAUUCUUCUCUUGUCAUAAUUUCUUCACUCUUUCAACAUCCAAACUCAACUCAAACAGUUCUAAUCUCAGAUCAUCAUCAUCAAGCAAGCAAACUAGCUCUAGCCAGCAAAGAAAGAGACAGAACAGCAGAGAUGUGUUUUGUGUUUCUAUGUGAUGAAGAAGAGAGGGAGUUAGGCAGGCAACAAGCUUCAGGGUCAUGUCCACACUGUGGAGGUAAAGUGCAGGCCGUGGAUUUUGAAAGCCGGUGGAGGUUCUGUUUCUUACCCAUUUGCUACAAGAAUAAAAGAAAAUAUUUAUGCACUCUAUGUUCCAGGAGGCUGGAGUUGUAUCAAUAUUAAAGACAAAGAAGUUGAUGUCUGAUUAUAAACCAAAAAAACCCAGCAGCUAGCUAGCUUCACACCUUCCCUGGUGAUCGAUGAACAUUCCAAGAUGGCUGCUUCACUUGUAAAUUUUUUUUUUUUUCAUGAAUAAUUUGUUUGUCUUUAAUUAUGUUGUGAAGGGAGGGAUUUCUUCAUAUGCGAUCGGGGACCUGGCAAAAACAAUUUGUCGGUAGGAACUUUUGACAUUAUCAAUAAGAGUGUACAACUGUGUACAUUACGUAUGGCUAUGUAUUUUAAGUAGUACGAGAUUAUUUUAUU